AUUAGUUAGCAAAAUGGAGGUGCUCGGGAAGCAGAAGGUGUUGGCCAUGAUGAAGCUGAAUGGUGCUGGACAGCUCACCGGGUACCCCUUCGAGACGCCUUCAUCCUCCACCACAACACCUUCAGUACCUCCUUCCUUCCCACACUCAUCAAAUCCCAACGCCUAUAUGAAGCCAUCUCCACCAUCAGCUAUAUCAUCACCACCAUCCACAUCAUCGUGCUCCUCGGCUUCAGAGAAGAAAGAGUGUGCGGUGUGCAAGAACCCCAACUCCAGUGGAUACCAUUUUGGGUGUAUUGCGUGUGCCGCUUGUUCAGCGUUUUUUCGACGUACCGUAGUGCUUUCGAGGAGGUACUACUGUAGGAGGGAUCCAGUUGGCAACUCGCUGUGUCCGCUGGAUAGACGACACCGAUCAAAUUGUCGAGCAUGCCGAUACGUAAGGUGUAUCGAUAUGGGGAUGAAUCCGAGCAGCGUCCAAAACCUUCGAGACUCGAUCAAGCCACGGUCCCCAGCAGAAAUGAUUCAGGAAGCCGAGGAGGAGGAUAAAAAGGAGAAGCUCGACGAUAUUCUGUUCUCUGCUGCAACUCCGGGUAGUUGGAUAUCCAGUACGAGCACAUGUAAUGAACCACUUCCAGUUGCUCCAAAAGAAAUUCCCGGCGAAAACUACAUCGAAACCCUUGCCGCACUAUACAAAAACUCUGUGGAGCGACGUCGAAUGUUCUACUGUAACGGAUCACUUCGCGAGAUGCUCGGAGGCACCGGCUUAAAGAUGCGACCAACGAGAUUUGACGAACGAUAUUACAAGGAAAAAAUGCGAUUUGAGUUGGUUUUGUACGUGGAGAUGAUGAAUUCAAUGAGCGUGUUCCGACAGAUGGACCUGGAUACCAAGGAGACAUUAGUCAAGGGAUGUGCUGUGUCAUUGGCCAUGCUGGAGAAAUAUUAUAUUUCUGUGAAAUAUGAUGGGUUGAGAACUCAAAAACUAAUUGCUCCGGACGGGUCCUACACGGAUUUGAGUGAUCAUGGUGCUCAAUUCGACGACGAAUUCACACAAAUCACCGAGUCUGUCAUGGACAAGGAAACGUGUCUGAAACUGCUCUACGACCCGCUGCGGUCGUGUUUGAACGAACUUGGAUCCGCGUUAGAGCACUCUAGAAUGACAGACACCGAGUUUUGUGCUCUUUUUGCAAUAUUGUUAUUCAAUACAGCCGCUGAUAACUUAUCGGACGCGAGUCGUAACGCCGUAGUGAUGGCCAGAAAUCGGGUGAUGAAGGAUUGGUUCGAGUUUUAUGCGAAACAGGGGAUAGACCCACAUGAGGCUGGUCUUCUCGUGGGCAACACGUUGCUUCUUCUGACAGCCGUCCGCAAUGCGAUGGCAGUUCACCGUGAAAAUUUUCACGUGAUUCGUGUGUUCAAUGUGAUGGAAUAUGAUAAAUUAAUUGAUGAUCUCGCGUUCACGUAACCCCAAAAUGUCCUGCAGUUGUACAUAGAAUACCCAGCCCGCUAGAAAAUACUUUUCGCUAGAAAUUGAUUCGCUAGUUUUAAAGUUUCAAAAGAAAUUGUAAUAAAUAUUUAUAAUUU